AGAUAGAAGUUGGUGGACCAUUUUGAAAAUAACCUUCUAUCUAUUUGUUAGUCUAGUGGGAGAGCUAGGGUUCGGCUAGCUUUGAUAGUCGGCCAUAUAUAUAUAUGCUCUGGUGAUGUAUUGUUUCUGUACUAUGAUUUUGGUGAAUAAGAGAACUAAACGCCUUGAUGGCCAGUCCAGUGAUUCUGGUUCUGUUUUUGUUGUUCAGUCCGGUCGCCCUCAGUUUGGUCGUACCGUGUCCAGGGAGAUUUAUUUGCUAUCACUGUAAAGAGUCGGUUCACAUUCAUAUUCGUUGUCCCAAGAAGCAAGUGUGUAAUUAUUGCAAGGUUGUUGGACAUCUCAUUGGCGACUAUUCAAUCUUCGCAAGACUCAACCGCCAGAAGGGAGGCGGUGGCCAGCGUCCUUCUUCUAGCUCUGCGGGUCAUGGUCCAGCUGCCCCUGCUUAUGCCACUACGUUGGCACCUUCUGAUGACCCAGGGGAUACGACCUCUUCUUCUAGCUCGGCAACGAGUAUCUCUCAAGAGGACAUAAGACGUCUGGUUCGUGAAGCUAUCCAGGAGUCGCUUCAUACUACUCUCAUUGCUACGUUCUUUAUGGGUAUGCCUUCUCAUUCUCAGUGGCAUCUUGAUUAUGCGACAGUUAACCAUAUGACUAUUGAUAGGUAUGCUUUUGAGACUUUACAGCCGAGUUCGAGUAUUAGCUUACAGGUUGCGAAUGGGUCUAAUAUCUCUGUGGAUGGUGUGGGGUCUAUGCACUCUCGUCGAUUAUCUCUUCCUCGAGCUUAUUAUGUUCCUCAGUUGGCUCCUAACUUAGUCUCCGUCGGGCAGUUGGCUGAUGGUGGCUGUCAUAUCACCUUUGAUGUCCAUGGUUGCACUAUGAAGGACAUCAGACCGAGGGCGGAGAUAGGCCGAGGGUGUAAGCGGGGCCGAGUGUACAUGCUUGAAAGCUACUUACGUGGGGACGUUAAUAGGGGUGGAACGCCUCGAGGUACUGCACUUGGUGAUGGUUCUGUCAUGGGGAUCUUCAAGCGUGCGGUUGGAGGAGCCCCAGGAGUUCCUCAACCUGAUUCUUCUAUUUCAUCUUUGUGUGGUUCUUAUUCUGGAUAUUCGGUUAAACUUUUGGAUUGGGAUUUGUGGUAUUUUCGGUUGGGCCACCCGAAUAAAUCGAAACUAUUUGAGACGUUUAAGAAUAAUUAGUUAUCUAGUCAAGUUCGUUCUAUUAUUGAUCAUGAAUGAUACAUUGUGUGGAAGCCAAGAUUUCUCAACGUUCUUUUAGCUCCAGCUCUACCGUCUACUCAAAAUCUUUUGACUUAGUUCAUACUGAUUUAUGGGUUUCGUCUUCCGUGCUUGCUCGCAUCGGAUUUCGAUAUUUUGCUCUCUUCAUAGACCAUGCCAAGCGAUUUACAUGGGUCUAUUUUUUGAAAUAUAAGUCUGAACUAUUGACUAUUGCUUAGGACUUUAUUUAGAUGGUAUCUACGCAGUUUGGUAAGGUGAAUAAGAUUUUUUGUUCUGA